AUGGAAUGUUUCUUGUGUGGACUUAUAAAACAACCAACAAAGGAAUUAAAGACUGGAUAUUUUCCAUGCGAUAGUUGCAGAAAUUCAAUAUGUUCAGAAUGCUCAGAUUUGUCAACCUCUGAACUCAGAUGUUUGCCGUUACAAAAGCGAGUUGUCAAGUUUCACUGCAGAAAAUGUAGAAAUUAUGAUUAUGUGGAAAGUCUUAAAAACAUAAUAACAGAUAAAGAAAUUAUAAUUCAGGACAAGAAUGAAAUCAUAAAAAUGCUCAAAGAAAAAAUAGAUGCUCUUGAGCAUAAUAUGGGAAAUAUUUCUGGACCGACAUUCGCUGAUGUCCUCCAGAAAAACCGGCAGUCUAUUAACAAGACUAUACCUCAGAAUAUCCCCGAUGUAAUCAUUAAACCAAGGAUCCCGCAAGAUGUUCAGCAAACUAAAAAUGCUAUCACAGUGAACAUCAACCCCACUGAAUUAAAAAUUGGGAUAAAAAAACUGAAACCAACUAAAUCUGGUGCCAUUUCGAUCAAAUGUGCCAAUAAACACGAAGUGGAUGUUCUCAAAGCGGCAGCAGAGGAAAAACUGAAAGACACUUACUUAAUAGAAACAACAAGGAUGAAAAAGCCAAGAGUAAAAAUUACAAACUUUAAUAAGGAUAUGACAAAAGAAGAAAUAACCAACUCCAUAUUACAACAAAAUGAAAAUCUGCAAGACUUCAAUGUGACAUAUAUCAAAAAUGGAAAAAAUGGUAACAAACCCAUAUUUGGAGAAUGCUCAGGUUUAUCGUUCAAGCAUCUGUUACAUUUGGGAAAAAUUUAUAUUUCUUGGGAGCGCUAUCCAGUCUAUGAGGAUCUAUCGGUCCCACGCUGCUUUCACUGCUAA